AGGCGUUCUACUGAGAUGCAGGUAUAAAUGGUUCAACCUGCCUCGAGGGGAGAUCUCCUCUUCCCUAGCAGAUGUCGAUUCACAUCCUCAUCUCUUCGGAAUAAAAUAAGCUCGAAGGCCGAUAGACAGAAAAAGACAGGGGCAACCUCUCCAAGAUGGGUCUUGGUGUACUUGAGGAUAAGCAUCUCGAUCAUGUCCCUGGCACUGCCCUCCUCACGGACGUGAUCGGCUCAGACAACUUCCGUUAUGGCCGUUUUAACGCACCGGCUCUCCGCCACGCCAAGGGGAGGGAUGCGGACAUCGUCCUAGUACCUCAACCCAGCAAGAGCCCAAACGAUCCGCUGAAUUGGCCUCUGUGGAAAAAGGACCUGAUGCUCUUCUUCAUCUGCAUCGAUACCGCUGUCGUCGGAGCGUGGGGCCCGAUGAUCUCGCCCGGAUUUGUCGAGAUGGCUGUCCAAUUUGACAUGUCGUACAACUCGCUUAACGCCCAGCUUGGGUACGGUGUGUUGGUGAUCGGGUUAUCGUGUUUCGUUACCAAUUCCAUGGCAGUCGUCUGGGGAAGACGGCCGAUCUUCCUGCUCGGGAAUUUGUUGCUAUUUAUUAGUAGCAUUGGAGGAUACUAUUCCCAUACGUUUGCCAGCCUACUAGGCUUCCGACUUGUAGGCUGCAUCGGGAUGUCACCAUUUGAAGUUUUGGUCACGGCGACGAUAGCCGACAUCUACUUCGUCCACGAACGCGGCGUCCGACUUGCAGCCUGGGGGCUUUGCCUUUCAGUCGGGGUCGGUGGCGGUACGAUCAUCUCUGGCUACAUCAUCGAAGGCCUCGGCUGGAACUGGACAUACGGAAUCUGCGCGAUCCUGUUCGGCGUCUGGACCAUUGUCCUCUUCCUAUUCUGCCCCGAGACGGCGUAUAGACGAGACCCAUCCCUCAAUACCGACCUUGGGGUAGCGCCGACCAAAGCAGAUGAGAUAGAAAAGCCGACCGCGAGCGAGAGCCGGAAAGGUAAGCCCGGGAGCGAAUCUCUAGAAACGGAUAAUAAUAUGGACGUUGAGGCUGUCGAAAUUACCCCGGCAGAUGAUACAUGGUCAGAGAAGAAGUACUCGUACUGGCACGAGCUCAAGAUUUAUCAUGGAAGAGUCUCUGACGAGCCGUUUUGGAAGGUCCUGACUCGACCUUUCUUGAUGCUUCUCUUCCCACAAGUCCUGUUCUCAUUCUUCGCGUACGGACUCACCACCUCUUGGCUGGUCGUGGUCGGCAGCGUACUAGCUCAACUUUUCACCGCCCCUCCCUACAACUUCACCGUGUCUGGUGUCGGGCUUGUCUCCAUAGCCUCUCUCAUUGGCGCUAUCAUAGGAGCUUUUGUCUCCGGUCCCGUCGCGGACUGGGUCAUCAAGGCUAUGUCCAGGAGAAACGGUGGUAUCUACGAGCCGGAAUUCCGGCUGGUUCUCAUUAUCAUCACCUUCAUCCUGGGAGGCAUGUCAUUCUUCGGAUUCGGGUGGUCGCUGGAGGAGAAGGACCCAUGGAUCGGGCCGGUGAUCUUCUACGGUCUGCAGUACUUCAGCGUCGGGUUCAUGACCAUCGCUGUCUAUGGUUAUCUGACCGACUGCCACCGCGAGAAGGCUCCCGAGGCAUUCGCAUCGAUCAACCUCAGGAAUAUCUACUCUUUCGGGAUGAACUACUUCAUCUCGGAUUGGAUCACUCGCCAGGGUCCGAAGCAAGUGUUCUGCAUCAUUGGUGGCGUGCACGUAUUCAUCUGCCUAUGCGCGAUCCCGAUGUACAUUUACGGAAAGAGGUGCAGGAGUUGGACGAGCCGAGUAAAGCUAUUCGACAAGAUCAUGAAUGCGUAAAGUCGCUUUUCCCAUUGCCCUACAUUUACAGCAGGACUCGAGCAGAGGCGAGCGAGGGCACCCGGUAUUGCUAUACCUAUCAAGA